UUGUAACAUCCAAAAGACUACAUAAUUGCAAAUUAGCAAACAGAACUUUUCUCUAGAGAUGUUGACAAUGAUGGUGACGAUUUCGAAGCAUGUUUUCAGUGUUGCAGGGGCGUAAUUCGAGCUCCUGUCAAGGACGAACUUUCUUAAUUUUACGCCCGAGUUUAAGAAAGGACUAAAGUUGAAUUGCUCGAAGCAGGCUUAGAAAUACGCAUCCACUCAGAACUGAAUUUUCCGAGUCCAAAUCGCCUAGGUUUCGUCUAUACAAAAACAAAAAAGUUUAAGCUACAAGUAAAAAAAUCUUCUUUCUAGUUUGGAGAUUUUGGAGUGCACUAGUUUCCCAAGUUCUUGUUUUCCCAACUAAAAAAUACCAAAUACGUGGACGUUUUCCGAUGAUACGUACUGGGUUCUAAAAUAUAUAUUUCUUUCUAAUUGUGCUUUUAGCUUAUAAGCUUAUCAGUCAGUUAUCAGUUAGCUGUGAUAGCGUAGACUCUUAGAGGCUAUUCGAAGACAACCAUGAACUUUGAAAAAGCUUCGUUUAAAAUGUUCCACGAGAGUUUCAUUCCUGAAUGCACAAAAUCGAGUAUCCCUUUGUGUUCGGACUUACUCCUCGAGAGAAAAACUUUUAUUAAUCGAAGAAAUUUAGAGCCAGACUGAUCGGGAGGUGGUAAGCGGAUGGGGAAAAAACUUACAACUAUAUAAUUCUAAGCGAAAUUUCAAAUCGAAAAGAAUUACCCAAAGAGUUGGCGAAUCAUGGGUAGUGCCGAUGGAGAUAAUUUGAACUUGAGUUGCGGAGAAAAUGACGUAGGGGAUGAAUUGAAAAUCGGGGCAGAUGAAACUUACGAUACACGAAGUGAAGUUUCUUCUAGCAGUUCAGACUCAGAUUCCAGUGCACCCAGUAUUAGUACUGUUUCCACAAAAUCUUCGAGAGGGGAUAAUAAACGCAAUCGAAGAAGCAGAGGAAAACGAGCCAGGUCGAGAGACUCUAAAUCUUCGAGUCCUGAAGUCAAGAGAGCCAGAUCCAAAGAAAGCAAGGGAGGAUCGACGAAAAAUUAUGACUAUUCCACGAAAUUAAAUUACUUGUUUAGAGAUUCGAGAUUUUUUAUCAUCAAAUCCAACAACGCGGAGAACAUAACUCUCUCAAAAGCAAAGGGCGUUUGGAGUACUUUGCCACAAAACGAGGCAAAUUUGAAUCAGGCUUACAGAGAAUCUAGAAAUGUGCUUCUAAUUUUCUCCGUUAAAGAAUCAGGAAAGUUUGCCGGAUUUGCAAGACUGAGUACUGAGUCUAAAAGGGAUGGAGCUCCAAUUUCCUGGGUUCUGCCCCCAGGAUUAUCUGCGAAAGCUCUUGGCGGGGUUUUUAAAGUGGAUUGGGUUUGCAGAAAAGAGUUGCCCUUUACUUCUACUUUGCAUCUCUACAAUUCUUGGAAUGACGGUAAACAAGUAAAAAUUGGAAGGGAUGGCCAGGAAAUCGAGCCUCGUGUUGCUGAGGAGUUGUGCAGAUUAUUUCCUGAGGAUGAAGGAAUAGAAAUGACUCCUAUUUUGAGAAAGUCGAAAGAAGCUGGUAAAAAUGUUGUAAAGUCGUCAACGAGCAAUUUUCGCGACAGGGCUCCUGGAAAUGGUAGUUCGAGGUUUUUACGCACUCGAGGAAGAGGACGUCGAUUGUUUCUGACUUCGAGGUCGCGACUGGCGUCCCUUGCGAGAGCUGGACAUUUACCGGAUCACAGAGGAGGUUCCAGGGAUCAUCAUCGAUAUCAGUCUUGGUUCGGAAGAGGAGAUUCUCCCUAUUCCAAAAUGUACGGAUCUGCAGGAAUGGGAGUCGCAGCAGCGGCAGAAGCUUACGUGGCAGAUUACAUGCGUACAAUGCAGCACCAGCUGCCUCCUUUGCCACCUUAUGCUUCAGCGCAUCCUUACGAUGCUCUGCCUCCACCGCCUCCACCUCCUCGAUAUUAUGAUGGACUCCCUUUGCCCCCAGAUUACACAACUGCUGCAUCCGCUUUAGAAAAGCGCAGCUACGAGCGCAGCGUUGACGAAUUCCUAUGGAGAACCACAGGUCAUCGCAGUCGUCACGGUGACCAUCGUUCAUCGCGUGAUCAUCACCAUCAUCACCACAAUCGAUACAGAGAUCGAAGAUAGAGCUCUGCAAAUUUUUUUUAUUCCAUUACUAUUUACAGUGUCCACCGUGUGCAAUCUGUGGGAACUUUUAGCGAUUUUCAGGAUCGACUUUUAUACGUGAUAGACCCAAGAAUCAGUAUAAUCUCUUAACUGUUGAUAGAAUUCUGAUUUAUAUUGAUAGAUAUCCGAUCUCGUGACUUUGCGGCCUUAGAGAUCCGUGAAGCGACCCUAAGUUUUAAGGAUUCAAUUGAAAUACUUUUAGAUAGAAAUCUUAAGAGAAUCCGAGUUUACCACUUUUGUCUGAAGUAUAUAAUUUUUAUUAUCGAAAGCACGUAUUUAGUUGUGCGAAAAGCAAUGAAAUGUGAUGACGUGUUGAGGAAAAAAGAUCAUCACUUGAAAAAUUUGCAGAUUAACUGAUUUGAUUUUUUAUCUUCGCAGCUGUUUUGACGAUUAAUUUAAUAAUUUUUUUUACAAUGCAAUCACACGAGUUUGUGUUUUUGGAUUUUUAUGUACUAAAGGAAGUCGAUUUUUGUUUCUUGAGAAUGUGUAUAUUCCUUUGAGAUCUUUUAUCUCCACACGAAAUUUGUCAUUGUUGUACCUAUCAAUAAAUUAUUUAAAAA